GACUCCUCGGUCCCGCUCAUGCGCAGAAGAGGGUGCCCACGCUGGGCCGUAGACGGAAUAGCUGGCCAAGACGGGGCUUCCAGGGGGGGUUAUAUUAGCGCGUGUUUGGGCGGGAGUGCGCGUUUACCUUUCUUGCAGGGCCGACAGGCAAGAUGGCGCUACGGGGCAUCAAGGUCGUGGAGCUGGCCGGCCUGGCCCCGGGCCCCUUCUGCGGGAUGGUCCUAGCCGACUUCGGGGCGCAGGUGUCGCGCGUAGACCGGCCGGGGUUCUCCAGCAACCUGAGCCGGUUGGACCGAGGCAAGCGCUCGCUGGUGCUCGACCUGAAGCGGCCUGAGGGCCCGGGCGUGCUGCGCCGCUUGUGUGCACGCGCAGACGUCCUGCUGGAGCCCUUCCGUAGUGGUGUCAUGGAGAAACUUCAGCUUGGGCCAAACCUUCUGCUGCAGGAAAAUCCAAAGCUCAUCUAUGCCAGGUUGAGUGGAUUUGGCCAGUCAGGAAGCUUCUCCCAAGUAGCUGGCCAUGACAUCAACUAUUUGGCUUUAUCAGGUGUUCUGUCAAAAAUUGGCAGAAGUGGUGAGAAUCCAUAUCCUCCGCUGAAUCUCCUGGCUGACUUUGGUGGUGGUGGCCUCCUGUGCACGUUGGGCAUUCUGAUGGCUCUUGUAGAACGCAUGCACUCUGGCAAAGGUCAAGUCAUUGAUGCAAACAUGGUGGAAGGGACAGCCUAUCUAAGUUCUUUCAUAUGGAAAACUCAAAAAGUGGGUCUGUGGAGCAAACCUCGAGGACAGAACCUGUUAGAUGGUGGGGCACCUUUCUACACAACUUACAGGACAGCUGAUGGGGAGUUCAUGGCCGUUGGAGCAAUAGAACCCCAGUUCUACCAGUUGCUGAUCAAAGGACUUGGACUGAAGUCUGAUGAACUUCCCAACCAGAUGAGCCAGGCUGAUUGGCCAGAAAUGAAGAAGAAAUUUGCAGAUGUCUUUGUCAAGAAGACCAAGGCAGAGUGGUGCCAGGUCUUUGAUGGCACAGAUGCUUGCGUGACCCCAGUGCUGACGCUGGAAGAGGCUGCACAUCAUGAUCACAGCAGAGAACGGGGCUCCUUCCUCACUGACGAGGACCAGCUCCUGAGCCCUCGCCCUGCGCCUCUGCUGUCCAGAACCCCUGCCGUCCCUUUUGCCCAAAGGGACCCAUUUGUAGGAGAGCACACUGAGGAGAUACUUAAAAACUUUGGCUUUAACCAGAAAGAGAUUGAUGAGCUGUACUCAAAGGGAAUCAUUGAAAGUAGUAAGACAAAAUGCAGCCUCUAACUUCCAGCCUCACAGCUCCAGUGUUUUUGGGUGUUUUCACAAUGGAGAUAAUUGAGAAAGAAGCAUACAUGGAAAUGUGAAAGGACAGGAGUGCAGUGAUGUAACUAUCCUAAUCAUGAAACAACUAAUGGCUGAUUACACAGUAAUUGCCCCCUGAAAAUGGUAAUCACCAGAGAAUGUGAUUGAGGAAUUUUUUAUCUUGUGGUAGUAUUUUCUGUCUUCCAGUUAACUUAAUAAAAUGUAUUUGUUGACAUUAGAAUGCUUUGUACCUAUACUGUAUUUAAAAUGAAUUAACUAUUUGUAUUAAAUAAAUAUACUUGCUUUUAAGUUUAUAAAAGUUUUCAGGAAAA